CAAAUGUUAUUUUCACAAAAGUCGCUAUUCAAAUAGACUUUGUUUUGGUUCAAAAAUGUGAGAAUUUGUUUUCCAACAAUCAGUUAAUUGUAAUUUUAUUUCGUUUUUAACACAAUUUACUAUUAAUUUAACCGGUGAACAUUUACCUUUACUAAUUUAAUUUUGACUUGUAAAAGUCAGUAAUUAGUUAAUCGUAAUGUCUGAUACUGGCAAUAAUCCAAGUCGUUCUAGGAAAAUAUUCAAUGUAGCUUUAACUCUUAUACAACCACCCGAACCUCGAUUCGACAAAGAAUGGCCGAAAAAACCACCUUUCUGGCAAAUCUAUGGAACUCCGGUCACUAAGAUUUAUUGGAAAAUGAUCCUAGGGUUUGGUGCUUUUUCUGCUUUUCUGAUGGGUGCAACGGCUUAUAUUCAACCCAAGGUUAGCUUAGGAAUUUUCGAUCGAUAUUUUCUUCCGGAAAUGUUUUACACUGGUGAGCAAAAGGAAAAAUGGAUUGAACAACAAUAUGAAAGGUUAGCUUUUCCGCCGAUAACAUAUGAUUCCUACACUCGAGAUGGAUCAUUCGAAGAGACCACAAAACAAUAUCGAGAAAGAUUGGAAUCUCUAGACACAGCCUUGAAUUCACAGAAAGUUUUCCGAUCCGCUGCUUUAUAAAUUGAUAAAAUUGUUCUAGAAACUGUUAAUUCUUAUGUAUAAUAAUACUAUAAUUAGUCUUGUAAGCAUCUUGAUAAAUAAUCACAUGGAAAAUUGUUCAAUCAUUUGAAUAGCCAUUCAGUUGAUUUUACAAUGAAAAUCAA